UCGCAGAAAGUUUCUACUCUAUAUUAAAAUAAUAUACGGUUAACUUUGGUCUAAAUGCGCCAUUACGGUUUCGUUUGGUCUAAAUGCGCCAUUACGAUUACAAUUAUCAAGAAUUUAAAUAUUGAUAUAGGGUUAAAAUAUACAGAUAUGUUAUAUACAUUAAGCAUAAAGCACUAUUUUGUUUAUUAAAUUGUUUAUUAAAUAACAAUAAUCAAUGUGGGAAAUACGAAAAAUAUCAUAUUAAAAAUACGUAUGUUGUAAUUUAUGAAUAAGUAAAGAUAUGAAAUAAAAUAUAAAAAUUGGAAGAUUUAAAGAGAAAGAGAAGUAUUUUAAGUGUUAGAAAAUACUCAAUAAAUGAUUUUAUGUCUGAUGAUAAGUAUUAUCUAUAUAAAAUGUUACGAUCGUCAGAAAUGUUUAAAUUUCUAUUUAAUCCGAGUAAAUUGCUUUUAACAAAGACUGAUUUCAAUAUAAAUCAAUGUGUGGAGAAUAAUUUUUUAUGGAAUCAGACUAUAAAUUUUAGUAAAAAUUACAUAGAUAGUGAAGAAGGAGAAAAAGUAUUAAGAAAAAAAGCUCCAAAGAUUUGUAAAAUUACGCUUAUACAUCCGAAUAAAACUCUUUCUGUUACUACAUUGGAAGAAGCAGAAAAACUAGCUAAACGGAAAAAUUUUCAAUUAGUAUUUGUAGCUGAUUCGUCUAAAAAUGAUAGAAAAGUUUAUCAACUUAAAGAUUCUUCAAUGCUUGAUGAACUUACAAACAAUGUAGAAGAAAUAGUUGAAAUGAAACAAAAAAUAAAGACUACUAAGUUGUUUACUAUAAAACACUCUACAAUGGACCAUGAUUUAGAUAUAAAAAUUAAGAAUAUUAAUAACAUAUUGAAAAAAAAUUUUAAAGCUAAAAUAUUUUUUAAUCACCCUAAUGGACCUCGGGAAGAGACAUUAGAUUAUAUAAAAAAAAAAGUAAAAGGAGUUAUUUCAGAAAUCCAAGAGAAAAAGGGUACUACCAUAUUUUUAUUUCUUCCUGUAUUAAAUGAUAAAAAUAUUUCUUCAGAUGAUAGUAAUAAUAAUGAUGUAUUUCAAAAGUAAAAAAAUUAAUAAAAUUAUAUAUAGCUUAUAUGAAUGUAUUUAGUUAUAAAUUAAUAUAUAUUAUAUCAUACAUAGAUCUAGAUUUUGUGAAAUUGUG